AUGCUGGCAUCCGAGAGACCACGGACGAUGACGUCGUCGGCCUGCACCCCGGAGACUGCCCACGGGGCGCACUUGUUCAAGAUCAACAGGUACAGCCUGUACAGGGACUUGGGCGUCGGCAGGUUGAUCGAGUCGUCGACCUUCACCGUCGGCGGCUACCACUGGUGCGUCCACUUCUACCCCGACGGUCACACGGGGGCAUCCACAGACCAUGUUUCAGCUUUCGUGGAGCUCAAAACCAAGAACGCCAAGGCUAGGGCGGUCUUCGAUCUGAGGCUAGUCGACUGUCGCACAAAGCCUUAUACAUUGCCAAACCCUAGCGAGAUAGACCCCUCGGAGUUUGACUCAUGUGAUGAUUCCUCGACCUGCUGUGGUUUCCACGAUUUCCUGAAGAAGAGCGAGCUCGAAGAUUACAUCCUGGGUGACGUGCUUGUCAUUGAGUGCAAUAUUGCUGUUAUCAAAUUAAAGAAGGCAGAGGUGCAGACCACCAAGACGAAAUUUGAGGUCCAAGUUCCACGGUCCAACUUGCUGCACAAUCUUGGUAAUUUGCUAGAAACACAAGAAGGGGCCGAUGUGUCUUUCAAGGUCGAUGCAGAGGUUUUCCCAGCUCAUAAGAUCAUCCUCGCUAUGCAGUCUCCGGUCUUCAAGGCGGAAUUCUACGGGCCAAUGAAGAACAAGGCUAAGCAUGGUCUAACCAUUAUUGAAGACAUGCAGCCUGCUGUUUUCAAGGCACUGCUCCACUUCAUCUACACGGAUUCAUUGGCCCCAAUGGAUGACCUCAGUGAUGACGAGCAUGAAGAGAUGGUCAAACAUCUACUUGUUGCUGCAGAUAGGUACGCCAUUGACAGGAUGAAGCUCAUGUGCGAAAGCAAGCUUUGUGAUAGACUUUGCACCGAGAACGUGGCGACCACGUUGGCUCUAGCCGACCAGUAUCAUUGUAUCCAGCUCAAAGAUGGUUGCAUCGAAUUUAUCAACACUUCUAAUAGAAUGAGUGAUGUGGUGGCAAGCAAAGGGUAUGAGCACCUCAAACGGACAUGCCCUACUAUUGUUGUUGAUAUAUGGGAGAAAGCAGCUAAGACUCGCAAAAUUUAG